CAGACCAGCCAAGAGCACGAAGGCGGAGAAAUCCCGCGCCGCACGGGUGAUUACAAAUUCGUCCUCAAUCGUAUUUAACCCGCCUUCUCUUCCUUCUUCUUCUUCUCUUCGUCACAAUUGCAAUUGCUGCUUCAAAGAAUUGCCAUCAACAGAUCUAUUAUCACAAUGAAGGAAGUUAUCGUUCACCAGGAGCUCGAGAAGACCGUCGUCGUGGACUCGCCUUUGCCUUCCCCCGGCCCCCACGACGUCCUCAUCAAGGUCGUCGUCUCCGGCUCCAACCCCAAGGACUGGAAAUACCCCAUGUUCCGCUCGACCCCGCACAACUCCGGCGACGACAUCGCCGGCGUCGUCGAGAAACUCGGCUCGGACGUCCACGGCCUCAACGUCGGCGACCGCGUCGCUGCCUUCCACGAGAUGGGCGCGCCCUACGGCUCCUUCGCCGAGUACGCCGUCGCGAAAGACUACUGCACGUUCCUCAUCCCGGACUCGGUCUCGUUCGAGUCCGCGGCAACCUUGCCGCUCGCCUCGCUCACCGCCGCCUACGGUCUCUUCGACAUCCUUCCCCUGCCCACCCCAUGGCGCCCUGCCACCGGCGCCUUCCCGAUCGUCAUCUACGGCGCCUCGAGCUCCGUCGGCGUCUUCUCCGUCCAACUCGCCAAGCUCGCCGGUCUGAGCCCCAUCAUCGGCGUCGCGGGAAAAUCCAAGCAGCUCGCGCUCGAUCUCGGCUGCGACUUCGUCGUCGACUACCGUUCCACCGACGACGUCCCCGCCGCGAUCCGCUCGCACCUCAAGCCCGGCCAGGAGCUCCUCUACGCCUGGGACUGCAUCUCCGAGCGCGGAUCGGUCGAGAACCUAGCCGCCGCGCUCGCGCCCAGCAACGGCAGCGAGAAGCGGAUCGGCCUCGUGCUCCCGGACCUCUACGACGCCGACAAAGUCGCCAGCCUCGGCGUCGAGCCCAAGCUCGAGAUGGUCGGCGUCGCGCACGGCGAGGAUCCCGCCCGCCGCGACUUUGCCUGGGUGUUUUUCCAGCAGCUCAGCAAGUGGUUGUUCGAGGGCAAAUUCAAGCCCCACGCGUACAAGGCCGUCGAGGGCGGUCUCGCGGGCGUCGGCAAGGGGCUCGCUGAGCUCAAGGCGUUCCAGGUCAGCGGCCACAAGAACGUCUUCCGCGUUGCCGAUACUCCCGGUUUGUAAAUUUCGCAGAAAUGAAAUUGUCCGGACGCUGGAGAUGAUGGUUGCUUUCUAAUUAGCUUUGCCUGAUUUGUAAUUCAAUUCACAAAUUUCCUAUUCGGGUAGUAAUGACGUCAGUAUCUCUCGUAGCAAUAAUAUCCCCACACCAUCUCCGCCUGCGUUGAUCCACAUCGCUGCACACAUCUGAACAGCUUACCC